UUUUACAAGAUUAACCAACAGUUUUUUACCGUAAGACACAAUAAAACCAAGAAGACAAACGCCGUCGCAGAAGCGUAAAUUCAAAAACUCGCGCCACAAGUCAAGCCUCUCGCGUGACCAUCUGGCGAUUGGUUAAUAACCCACAGGUGUAGCAACUCCCUCUGUACUGAGAGCACAUUGGCUGUUACUCCAACAACACAGGUGUAACAAUCGCCUCUGUUUUUCUAUAUACACAUUAGGGCGAGGGAGAGAGGUGUCAACUCUCUCCUCCGUUAGCGUGGGCGAAGUCGAAAGAGUACGCGCACUCGCGCGUGUGUGUAUGUGUAUGUGUGUGAGGGAGAGAGAGAGAGAGAGAAAGAGGAGGCAAGCGCGGAACGGUAAUAGCUUGAGGCAACGAACGUGACGAAGAAGAGUAUCUGCAUGCAGCACCACAGCGGCACAAGAUGGUCGCCGUAGCGGCAGUCUAAGAACCCAUUGCAGGUGCGACUCGCGAUUCUUAGGAGCAGACGCAGAAGACGUGGAGAAAAAAUAAGAUAGCAGCAGUAACAUGGACAAACGUAAAGAGCAGGGACUCGCUCCGUUUUCCUCCGACGAGUGUCCAAACAGCGGCGAGGACAGCGAUGAGGAUGUAAUAACGGACUACCUGGGCUGCUCCUCCGCGCAACCGGAGUGCGCCGCUAUCGGCGUCGCUGGCGACGAUACCAAAGACUCGCAGCACCAACAGCAGACGAACGACAAACCGAUGGACAACAGCGCCGGCGGCGCGACGGCAACGAUGGCCGAUCAGGCACCGCCGCAACAGCAGCAAGUGCCAGCUGCCAAUCCUCUCGUGCCCAUCAUCAGCGUGACGCCGCACUCGCCCGGCGUAGCGCGGCAUUAUCCCGUACUUGAGGACCCGCUGCGUCAUCUGCACGAGAUCCACGACAAGAUCAAUCAGAUGCGCGAUCUGACGUUGGUUCUUGGGAACCGUGGAGAUCACCUGCAACGUUUCAGCACUUCAUGCCCGUCGCUGUGCCCGCUUAUCUCGAUUGACGGCGUCAUACAGACUGGCGCGAGCGCUGCUGCUCAGCAUCCUCAUCCGCAUCAGCAUCAGCAUCAUCAUCAUGGCGAGCAAGACGGCUCGGAUCCCGAUCUGCUCACCAACUGCUCGACCAACAGCUCGCCCACGCACUAUCAUCCCACGCCAGGACACCAACAAGUCAGCCAGAUUUUACAAGGAAUCGACAGGCGAAAAAGCUGGACUGGCCUUGAAGACUCCAGGCAGCAAAGACGUGGUAGUGAUCAGAAUCACCUGCAGGCGCAGAAUAUUCGACAAAGGAGUAUAAGUCUGAGCAGCCUCGACAGCGACAUGGACCUCGAGCUUGAUGGUAAAACUCGUACGAGAGACCAAAGUGGUAAACCUAGGACAUCAGUUUCACAAUCAAGCACGCAUUCCCUCAACGAAGCUGACUUUGUUCAAGGUGAAUUCAAAAAGGUUGCGGUGAAACGUGGUGGUCAAAGGUUGGGUGAAAACGUGGGCCUGAUGCCAGGAGUGACGGGUUCUCGUUUACCAUUUCAAAAGUCAGUGUCAACACCGUCGAUAGUUAUUCCACCACCUGGUCAAAAUCUCACGGAUACAGGCUCAUGUGGUGCCCCGUCGUUAUCUGCCAGUCGGCAUGAAAAGGGUAGUGGAAGUGAGACCGAGACGGACGAUCUCCACAUGCAGCACGGAAACGAGUUUCACGAAGACUUGAUGAGAGAGGGCACGCCGAGCACUCAGGCAUCCCUCGACGAGCUCUUAACCGACACGGCGUACGAGGAUCGUCACUCGGAGAAGACCAAGCGAAAACGUGGCUCGCUGUUUUCACGCAAAAAAAAGGACAAGAGCGGCAAGAAGCCAGCUCAGCCGCACACCUGGGCGCAGAUCAACGUCUCGUCGCAAGGCAACAACACCUGCGACUUUUGCAUGAAAUCUUUCGCCAACAAGCCGGCGCUGCAUUGUGAGAAUUGCGGAGCAAUAAUCCACCAGAGCCAAGCGUGUAAAGAUCACUACCAACAGGAAUGCAAGCAGUCGAAACCACCGAGCAAGUCGUCCUUCAAGUCGCUGUCCAGUGUCUCGAUAUCGUCGAGCAGCAGCAUCGUCAAGCGCGGCUCGACUGUUUCACUACCUCUGCCCGCGUCGAUGAGUGGAAGGGAUAAUAACAACAAGAAAGCGGUGACAAGCUACAGUCCUUGGCGGCGAGUUGCCACCAAGCUUGGAGUCAAUCAAACGAUCAAUGAGGAAAGGGAUGGCGGCGAACACAAAGACAUUCCUAGCGGCCAAGAGGAGUUCGAAUUCGACGACUCGCAUCAGUUUAACUUGGAAGAGUUCGAUCGCGAGCAUCCAGAAUUGGGCCUUGGUUUCGAGGAACCGGAAACAUGGGGUUCGGCCACGGGACUCAAGAAGCUUGUCAGCAAAAACGACCAAACGGGCAAGAAACAUGACGAAGCCAAGCGCCAGGAGCACAUUUACGAGUUUAUACUCACCGAGAAACACCAUUGCCUGGUGCUUGUUGCUAUGCAGCGAAUCUUCGUCGAGGGCCUCCAACGUUAUUUCAACUUUAGCUCGUCGGUCCUCGAUCGUAUGUUUCCCAAGUUGCAGAGUCUCAUGAACAUUCACUUUGAGUUUUUGAGGAAGUUACGGCAAAGACAACGCGAGAACGUCGUUGUAGAUACUAUUGCGGAUAUUUUGAUCGAGCAAUUCAGUGGUGAGAAUUCGAGUAACAUGAAGAAUGCAUACGGUGAGUUUUGCAGUAGACACAGAGAUGCCGUCGAGGUUUACAAGCAUCAUCAGCAAACCGAUAUGAGAUUUGCUCGUUUCGUACGCCACUGUCAGAAUAAUCCCCUGCUCAAGAAAAAAGGCGUACACGAGUGCAUAACGUUUGUUACCCAGCGAGUAACAAAGUAUCCAUUGCUAAUAGAGGCUCUGAUCAAGACUGGAGUAACCAGUGAAGAAACUGAUAAUCUCUGCAAAGCCCUGAAUCUCGUUAAAGAUAUCCUGAACGAAGUUAACGCUUGCGUUGCCGAUAAGGAACGUACCGACAGAAAACUCGACAUCUAUCACAAGAUCGAUCCAAAAUCUUAUGCAUGGUAUCGAGGUCAAAAGUUCAAAAAAUCCGACAUUCUCGCGUCAAAUCGUAACCUCAAGUUCGACGGCCAAGCUGUACUAAUGCCAAAUCGUGCUGGCAAAACAACAAGCAACAAGCCUGGCACUGAAGUCACCGUUGUUAUUCUCACGGACGUACUAUUCUUCCUCGCUGGCGAUCAGAAGUACGUGUUCUUUUCGCCUGACAAUAAGGUGCCCAGUAUUGUCUCGCUGUCCAAGCUGCUCGUCCGAGAAAUUGCGGGUACCGAAAAACGGUCCGAAAAUCGGGGCAUCUAUCUCAUUAGUAGCAAUCCUAAUGAUCCGGAAAUGUUUGAACUCAAGUUAAAGGAACCUCGCGACAAAAAUACGUGGAUCAAAGAUAUCAGAGCUGCUGUAGAAGCGUGUCCGCAGGAGCCUGACGCUGAAAACAAUUUUAUCGACAAUAAUUUUGCCAACGAGAUUCGAGACGCGCGUUCCCUGUCGUUGUCGAAGUUGUCUUCCAUCGAUAAAAUUAAACAUGCCAAAGAAACUCAUAUUCAAAAUUUAAUCGAACAACUAAGAAAGAAUGAUGAGGGUUACAUUGCUUUGUUUGAAGAAAAGUAUAACAUAUACGUGGAUCUAAACAAAGCAUACGGUAUUCCCACAGAUCACGAGAAUGACGCCCACAAGAUGGAUAAGGAUGGUAGGGUUAAUAUAGAACCCUCAAGAUACAUGUAUGGCAAUAUGGUAAAAACUGCGCUGAUAACGAAGGAUGCGUUAGAUGCUUACCGUGAAAUAUCGGCAUUCACAAAUCUAAUGUGGUCCGAUAUAGCAGGUGUACCCCUCUCGAGAAGUCUUAGUUCUGCUGGCGAAAGACAUAGCGAUGCUUACGUGCCACCUUCCCUUGCCGUUCCAAGGAGAGCUGAAACUUUUGCUGGAUUCGACCAUAAUAAGGAACGUUACCCGUGUCGAGAUUCCAUGCCAUUGAACAGCUUAGCUAUGUCUACAAAAUCGAAGAGCGACGAAGUGACGGUUGGUGAGGCUGCCGGUGAGACCAAAGAUGAAGAUGAAACUGAUCAGAAGGAGAAGCACGAUAUUCAAGUUCAAUUGACACACAACGUUCACACACUAAUAGAUAUCAUUAACAGUCAGAAUACGAUUAUAGAGAACAUGCGUGCUCAACUAUCUGGUAUCAAAGAUGGCAAUAUAAGUAAAUUGAACCACCGGCCUAACUCAACCCACCAGCUAGAAGAAUUACGAAACUUACAAGAUCAACUGAGUCGUGAACGUGCUGAAUUUCGCGCUCAUCAACAGCAAGAACGAACCCGGAUGGAUGAAGAACGCGCUGAGUUAAAAAGGUUACGAGCGAAUCUCGCGAAUGACCAGGAAGAUGUGGCAAAUCAACGCGAACAGUUGUAUCGCAAGCUGGAGUAUCUCGAAAAACUUAAGCAAAGUGUGUCGAAUCCAGUUGUACCGGUAGUAGCACACAUACCCAGUAGCGGUAGCAGUGAGACAAGUCAGACUUCGAGGAAAAAAUCGCAAACAGAUGAGAAGGGCAUGAUUCCGCAGAAUCUUUUCAGUACGACCAAUCAACAAAAAGUUCAACAGCUACCUGUUAAGCAGCAGUUGCCGCUCAAACUCGCUAGUGGAAAUAAUAAUAGUAAUUCCAGGAGCAGUAUUAUGAGCAACAACAGUCCAGAUCGCCACUCUCGUACAGGCAGUAGUCCAGCGAUGGUAGGCAGUUCGUCGGCAUUGUCAUCGCCCGAAUUGGGUACAAGUAGCAACGGCUCAAGUUCGCUGAGUCACUUUUCCAUGUCUAAUCGUUCGCUACGAAAUACUCGUAUUCCCGAGCCUUACCCUCGAAGACACCAUGUGCAACAACAACAAGCAACACCUCCGCCUCAACAACAGCAGCAGCAACAACAGAAGACGGAUGAACCAUUAGAGGAACAAGUACUGUUUUUGUGACGUAUCUUGCGCUUCGGCAGAAAACAUUUUAAUCGGUCAACUCGAGGCUCCACAGGCGGUACUAACACUCCCAAUGUCACACCAACGAGAUCAAGUGUCUCAGGUGGUCAGGAGGAAACUCAACAGACACCGCGCAGUAGAGUAAAAUCCUUCUGAUUGUCGAAUUUGCGUAGACAAAAAUCCGAGUAAACGCGCCAGAGUUAUGCUUUUUUGUACAUUUGUAAAAAAAAACAAACAAAUAACUAUCCGACCGACGUUCGUUGUUCGAUGGUAGAUACGUAUAAUCCUGUACAUACGUCAGAUUAAAUUCUUAACAGUGCUGUUAAUUAUAUAUAUAUCCCUUACCUCUUUUUUCGCCACCCGCUCCUCCCUCGAAUUUAUAUAUAUACAUACGUACGUAAACAAAAAGGUGUUUGUAGAAAAAAUUUCGAUGAACGAAUUCGAUGCUGUAUUAAUGUAGCGAUUUAUUCUUAAACGUGAAUGAUAUUUUUUGCAAAUAAGAACUAUUCACACGAGUAUUAACGAAAUACAAAGGCAAUAACAGUGGACAGAUGAUUUCCUAAGUGAAGUCGGUUAGAUUUUUUCAAAACAAUUUUAGUAGAGUAAAACUGAAGUGUGAAGCUUCAAAGUAUUAGUGGCCAACUUAAAAAGUUAAUAGGGGCCGUCGUUGUUGAUACUUCGCUUGUUAUUACACGAUAUAAAAUUAACAUAUAAAAGCUGACUGACAGUUCUGGGUAAUGUCGUUUUAGACAGUCUUUUAAGCAAAAAAUGUACACUCACGUAAUAUAAACAAUGUACAUGAAAAAACACACUUAUUACUCUUUGGUGAUGAUCGCAGGUACAAUGUUAAAUGCGAUAAUAUGUAUGGAUAUACAUACACAGUAUAUUUUCGUUUUGUAUGAUUGUAAAAUGAAUUAGUGUAGCAUACAUGCAAUUUGUUUCCGGAAGAUUAUGUUACUUUCUCUCUGUCAUAAAAAAAUGAAUAAGCCUUUAACUGCCAAUUUGAGAUGAUUAUUUCAUUCUUUUUCUGUAGACUAUGUCAUGUUCGCAUAAGUCGAAGGCGAAAUAUGUAAAAAUGUGAAUAGUGUGAAAUAUUUAAGGGCCUAAUGCGUAUUUUAUAUAUAAUCACAUUACAAUUAUCGACAUUGUUAUACAAACCAAAUUUAGUAUUGGAUAUGUAAUGAUUAAAAAACACUCUUUAAAAUUUGUUAUUUACUAUACGAUUUUAUUAUUCGAUUUUUAGGUGCAUUAAAAAAUUCAAGAUGUAUUAUUUUUACAUCAAAAUGUAAAGAUUACAUCUCGCCCAAUAAAACGACAUAUGCACAAUAGAAGAUUUAGUUUAAACUUUCGGCCGGGUAGUUAUUUUUUAAAAUUUUUUGUAAUAUAUAAGUAGUGGCCUUAAAAAAUAAUUUGAUUGUUAAGUGAAAAAAUGUAUAAACAAAUAAGAAACAGUUUUUUUUAAGUACUACAUUAAAUAAUAAAUUUUCAUUUAUGAAAGAUAAUCUUGUCGAUAACUACUCUAUGCGCUUUAGAAUUUCUCUUUGUUAUGAUGUAAAAGUUCCGUUACUUGUACUUUUUACGACUGUUCAAUGCAUUUAUAAAAACGCAAAAAUCUAAACAUACUUUUUACACGAUAAAUACAUUAUCGCAUUAGUCCUUCGAUGAUAGUUAAGAACUAAUUUAUAGUCGGUUGUCGGAGGCGUAAAGCCAAAAAUAUAGGAAAGAUUGCGCGAUUCAUUAUUAAUCAUUUGCAUCGACAUUUCCGCAUACUAUGUACUUAAUUGACCGCGGCAACCUUCCACUAAAUUAUGAGAAUUUAUUUCUCGGUAAUUUGUAUAUAUAAUUUAAUUUAAUGUUACACAAUGUAUUCAGUAGCAUUUAAUUCAAUUACCUGCGACAGGAACGUUGUAUACUUGUUUUGAGUAUACACGUACUUAUACAAGUACGAAAGAAUGGCUAUGACUCAUCGCACGUCUGUAAAUGUAAUGUUGAAGCAGAGCUGUAUUAUUUUCCUUAUACGAUGAUAUUUAAAGAGACAUGUUAUAUUUACUCUGUAUAACUGAAAAAAAAUUAAAAAGAGGAAAAAUGUAAAAUGAAAAAAUGUGUGCCAAUUGAUGGAAAGCGAUACUUUAAGAAAAAAAAUUUUAUGUUUUUUAAGUAAAUAUUCUACUAUAUAAUGUAUACAAACAAUAUAUAUUCUGCAAUGCAAUAUAGCUUAAUGCUGAUCGGGAAAAAAUGCUGAUUUACACAUUGGUCCUUUACUUUAAACUCAUCCACUGCCACUCUCUCAUUACUUUCAUAAUUUCGAAAAAUCCAGAUACCACCACCUGUUGUAUCGAGCUAUUCAUUGUGAAAGAGAAAUCGUUAUUAAAUUAACUCUUUAUUAUUGCUCAGUACUUGAAAUGCAUUAUCAUUUUUUAUUUCAUUCUCACUUUGUCAACACACUGUCGACGUAAUUUCUUACAAGUAUUAUCGAGGGAAGAUAAAUUAAACGAAACAAUAUACAAAUAGUAUUCUUAAUGGGUAUAGCUUCAUCAAGAAAAGCGAGAAUAAAAGUUGUCUUUCUGUACAGACAUAAUGUGAGACAAAUCAAUCUAUCGAAUAAGAUACAUAUAGUUGUAUAAGGUGCACAUACGAGUGCAAUAGGGUCAAAUCAAUUUUUUGUCAAUCAACACGGCGUGUGCGAUGCUAAAUGAACUAACGAAAACAUAGGAUCUAUUGUAAUUGUAAGGUAAAUACUUGAUAUGUAGAAUGAUAUUUCUCAAUCAAUCACAAUGACAAUAGACUAUAACUAAUUCCAAGUAAAAAGGGAGUUAGCGAAUAUAAACGGAAAAAACACCUAUAAUUGUUACGUGUAUACGUGUGUAUACACACACACAUGAGCGCGCGCGCGUAGAGCAAAAAGAAGAGAUAACGAACAAAACCUUUUCGACGCUGCGUGCGCAAGAACUCGAUUUACGCAGCCUUGAGAAAGCAAGCGUACUUCAAAUCUCGUCUCCCACACGUCGUCUCGAAAAAUUAAGUUACAUACACGUGUGAGGAAGUGAUCGGAACCUCGUGUAGCCUCUUCACUCGCGGUCUGCCCGGGCGCCAAUAUCCACACGAGCCUCCAACUACUCUCUCACGCUAGUAUCAAAAUGUACUAUGUUGUUACUGCAUCAUUGCGCGUGCAUCGGUGAUAAUGCAUUUAAUCGUUGUCUGACGAUAAUGCAUGAAAAAACUCAGUUUUUAAAUCCUUCGGGAAAACGAAGUCCUGUUCGAUUAUUCGUCACAAUAUACAAAUAUGAAUCAUAACGCUUAAUUCGUUCUAUUAGAAUCGAGCAUUAGUGUGCUACCACAAGCUUUUGUAAAAUGAAAAAUGUUUUCUAUUUGUUGAUCAGUGCACUGUCAAGUAAUCGCUAGAUUUGAAAAAACUCUGAUAAUAAAUAAUAUCAAUUCUUCGAACUGCUAUAGUUAGCGAAAAGAACAAAUAAAUACUCUUUUUGUGUAUUUCGAUGAAAAUGAAAGUAAAUACGUAGUAGAUACUUGGGGAAAAAUUGUUUAACUUUUGUAAGUGAAGUUUCAUGAAGUGUUGAAAGAGUCUUUUUUAAAUUGAUAAUCACACACGCUGUUAUGUAAUUUAUACAUAUAGAACAGGACUUUCUUUUUGACUUGUAAUUAUAUACGUAACGUUCGAAUCAAGUAUUACUUAUUUUCAAAUCGUCAUUCGUGAUAAUUAUUCCUGUAAUCACACGACAAUUGCAGAAGUUUUUUUUAAAUAUAACAUAUAAUAUACUAACAUCAACUUAUCGCAUACUUUGCUAUUCGACGUAAAGUGAAAAAAGGAAAAAAUGUAAUUAGUAUCUUUCAUCUGUUUGAAAUAACUCCAAAAAGUUCGAAUUCUUGAAAUACUUAUAACUACUUGUUAACUAUGGCCUAUAAUAGUCUUCUAAUGUAAGGUUUCACGAUGUAAACAGUUGAAUAAAAAUGAAACAACUUUGUCCCUCUCGAUUUUGUUUUCGAGAGCAAAGUAAUAUUUUUUUCCCAAAUGAAACACUGCUUAUAUUUUUUCCAAAGGACUGUUCGAUAAGAGACCAAAACUGGGAUCUUGUACCUUUAGUCUCACGGGUGAUGCUCAUAAAGAACUAUUUUUAUACAUUAUACUCUGUAAAUUUUUUCAAUCUACAUGAGAUAAAAAUACGUAAUUGUGAUAACUGACUGUACUGUUCUUUUUUUCUCAGUGGUUUGGUAAAAUAGUACUACUGUUUUUUGAGAUUUUUAUUCUGUCAUUUUUUAUACUUUUUCGUCUUUUCCAAACAUGUCAAUAAGUCCAUUUACAAAUUACGAUUCGCACAUCUUCAUUGAAGCGCAAAACUGCAGUUGUUUAGACUUGUUUCAAUAUGUAAUGUCAAUAAUAACUACUAGUAUAAUGUGAAGCAUAUUGUACUAAGUUAUAUAUCGAUUUUCAAAUAACUUAUUACAAUCUUAUUCUACUUUGAACUGAUCUUUCACAGACUGAUGACAGCGCAUUUGAAUUUUAUUUAAAUUAUUAUAGUAUAUUUUAAGUAUCGUGAUAUUUACAAAUAAUUUAAAGAAAUAUUUAGUUGUAAUUAGUAAAGCAUAAUGAAUGACAGAUAAUAAAUCUCGAAAAUAAUAUAUCCCUUUCAUUACUGGUGAGAGUAAUUCCUGAUUCGGUGCAAAGAUUCGGUAUUAUUUUUUCUGGUAAUAAAAUCAGCUAGAAUUAGCGAAAAAAAAUUUCACGUAGUUAAAUUUAUUCGAGUCUUGUUAGCAUUUCGUUCACUGUUGCAAGUCGGUACCGAAUUACGCAUCGUCAAAUACAAUAAAAAAGAAAAAAAAAAUAAUAAAAAAAUGAUGUAACUAAUCUGCGUCAUGCUAUACGUAUAUAUUUUUUGGAAAUAUUACAAAAAUAAAAAGCAAAUGCCUUUUUUAAAAAACUUUAUCCUUGUUGACUCUUGUAUGAUUGAAAAAAUAGAUAUACUCGGUGAAAAUUUUAUGAGAAUCAAUGUGAGUAAUGUUAAUUGCCUCGAAGCCUCUGUAAGCAUUAAGUCUGUUACGUACUUUGUACGAUCGAUCGUGAGAAUCAAGAUAUAUAUACUCGGUACUUUUUUCCUUCCUUUCCUAGUAGACUUUGAAAAAUAUAUAUGAUGAAACUAAAAAAUAAUAAUGAUAUACUUUCUCCGUCAUCCGUUGAAAUAAUGAUCAACUUGCAUUCCAUUCUACACUUGUAAUACAUGCUACGUUUUCGAUUGUUAUGUCAUACAUUGUUCAGUAAAACUAGCCACGUAAGACACAAAAAAUAUAAUACUUAUUUAUUAUAAAUGUAAAUAAAAAAAACUGUUAUUGUAAUAAAGAAAACUAUAAAAGGGUAAUAUACGA